CCGGCCUCCAUUUCGCGCCGGCGGGAGCCCCGAGCCCCGGAGCGGCGAGGGAGGGACGGCGGGAGCCCCGAGUCCCUGAGGGAGCGCCGGCCGCGCACAGAGCCGGGGAGGAGCGGGCCGCCAUCGCCGCUUCCCUCCGGCCCCGCUGAGGCUGCUCAAGCGCGCGGCCUCACCGCGGCCGCCAUUUUGCGCAGUAGUAGCGGCGGGAGGCGCUGUUGGUGAGGCGGGAGCGGCAGCGUUCUCCUUCCUAAGCGGAGGGAGCGGGAGCCUGGCUGUGAGGGGCCUCAGGGUCCCGCGGGAGCCGGGGAGCAGCGCAGGGAGCUGGGGAUGCGCUCCGCGCCUUUGGGGCACCGGGCAGUUGCGGUUGUUUGGGUCAGCACCCCUGAGGGUUGCGACCUUCCCUUUGGGCCCCUGGAGAGAACACUGUGAUUAAAUACGUGGUCUGAGGAAAGGUUUUGGUUUAGGAGGAAGUUGCAAAGCAAAGUGGCUUCAAAACUGAGCAAACGCCCUCAUGGGCUGCCGUGUUUGUCUGUAGUAAGGUGUUUCUUAAAGCAGAUACAUGAGAGAGGUCGUUCACAGGAUUUGGCAAGCGCCUCUUAGUAAAUGUGAAUCAGUGGUCUGCGCUGCUCCUGCAAACACCUACUCCCUUAUUCUGCCAUCUGGAAUAUGCAUUUUCCCUGUGGAAUCCAACAGCAUUGAGCGCGUGGAAAAGAUGCUUUGUUUCCUUGCUAUCUUGGAAACGUUUUGGGCUGCUCCCCACCACUCCCACCCCUGCCUUUUUUGCUUUCUUCUUUUGCUUUAAAAGUCUGAGAGACUUUUUCACUGUUUCCUAGCUGAAGCAGGUGGGUGAAUGCAGAGCUGCAUAGAGUGCAUUUCUUUUAGAUUUCCAGUCUUGCAGAAUGACCAUGACAUCUCUUUUUAUUUUUUCUUUUACAUUAUCAAGCAAUUGGGAUUAAUAGAGCUAGUCAAAGAAUAAAUGACACGUAGAGAGCAGGGGCCCCAGAGAACAAACAUUGUGUAUAAUAAGGGCUGUUCAAGGAUGGUAAUCAUAAAUCCAAACUAUUUAAAUGGAAGUUGCAUAAUCAUAGAUUGAUGAUUCCCCACCUGAGGUAGGAAAACCAUUUCAUACUGGUGUGCAGUAUUUACACCUCCUUGAACCUGAUGGAGCAGUGGUUAUUCACUUGGAUAGGCACUAACACAGAUUAUUACUACUUCAAUAACUGUGACUUGAUUAGUGCUCCUCACAGAUACUUUCUGCUGCCACUACUGAUACCAAGCCUGAGAGCUCCUGCUUUAGAUUACUGACAUUAAAAGCAUGUGAAAACAUGGUGGCAAAAUGAAACACCUUUGUUGUACUUUUCUGUGUGAUUUCUAAAUUCUAGAUUUAUUAAUGUGAAGGGGAAAAUGGCAAAACCUGGCGGGGAGGGGGAGUGGCAGAAAUUAGCAGAAGUGGUACUGCAGGCUUACCAUGUGUAGAAGGGGCAUAGAUUUCUUUGAAGUUCUUCACUGUGUUCACAGACAGUUUUGAAUACAUGCUCUAUAUUCUCCUGGUAUCGUAAAAUGUUUUUUAUUUUAAAUUUGAAACCUUGCUCUGGAAUAUUUGAAGAUUUACAGAUUCUGUAAAAGAAAAAUACUUUUAAAGUUUUUGAUUCACAGCUGACAGUGUGCAGUAAUUAAGUAAACCUGAAGCCUAUUUGCAAAGCACUCUUAAAGAUCCCUUUCAUAGGUUGCUAAUGAGAUGCUGGAGUAGAAAAGAAGAGUCAUCUUUGGUUUUGUCUCUGUAGAUAAAGAAGAAAGCUUUGCUUUGUUAUUUUACCUCCAGAGUUGGCCUUUAUUGAACUUUAUAAACUUCAUUUGUGUUUUACCAUUUGUUUCAGUGAAUCUAAGAUUUUUGACUCACAAAAUCAUUUGUGUGGUAUUCUUUUAGUAAUAUCCUUGUUUUUUAAAGUUGUCCUCAAGCAAAAUUAGGAGUUUUAAAACUUCUCAACAGAAACACAUAAAGAAGCAUUUCUAAUGUCUACAGAUGGUGCUAAAUGAAAAACAUUUAAGUUAGCUGGAGUAUUUUUAAUACUAAUGUAAAUAAUAAAUAAUUUAGAAAUUAUCUCUGGUCCUAAUGUUUCAGAACAAACCUGUUAACAGCAUUAGGGUGUCGGGCCCAUACUCCAAUUACCCAGGUAACAGUAUAAUUUUGUUUUGCAAAAAUGUGACAGACUGUGAUCAUAACAAAAACAAUUGGAGAAAAGACAGGUUCAAGUCUAGUAAUUUCAGUUUUACGGUUGCUUGUGCUGCCCUUAGAAGACUAAGAGACUUCCCAUUUGAUAUAAAAAUGUUCAACUCUGCAGACAUGGUCUUUUCACUGGAUAAUUUAUUUUAUGAAAAACCAGAUAUGAGACAAAGGUGUCUGGAAAAUGAAGAGCGUAAGACUUGGUUUAUUGCACCUGCUCCAGCUAUUGCUGAAAUUCCAGCUGCAGAGGAGCUACAGAGGGAACUGGAAGAAAACUCAGCCAGCACUCAUAAGGCAGGAAGAAAGCACGAGAAGUUUACAGAACAAUGUAAGAGUAACACAGAGGAAGUAGAAGAUAAAUCAUCGGCACCUGUUUAUUUUGGCAUAGCCCCUGAAAAAGAAGUCCUGCAACUAAGUCUAGGAGAAAGAGAUCAAAUUAGUUUUCAGCGUGAAAACAUGAAAGUGGUUUCAUCUUUUCUCUCUUCUGAUGAAAAUAAAUCUAAAAGAGUCAUAGAUUUUUCUCAGCGACCGCAAAAUAACGCAUUAAAUGAUUUUUUAGAAAACAGUGAUGAUGAGAGUGUCCAUUCGACAUUAAGAAAAAGGUUAUUUAAAAAGUCUGGCAACAUGUAUAAAAAUACAGAACUUAAAGCUGACUCUGUUGAUAUGAAAGAAAUUGGUACUUACUUAAAUACAAGUGAAAACAUGAAAGAAGUGACAAAAGAAGGUUUAUGGAGAAAUAAUCAUCAUGCUCCAAUAACUAAAGAUCCAGAUUUUACUUUGCAUAGGGUAAAUAAUGAGGAGCUUGUGUCUGAAAAUGGAAUUAAAAUUCAAUCAUUUUCUAAUGCUUCAGAGAUUCUGGAUAUGACAGGAACUACAGGAAGAAAAUUGGAAAUUUUGAGGGCUGUUACAGAAAUACCUACACAAUUUAGAAGUAUUUUUAAGGAGUUCCCAUAUUUUAACUAUGCACAGUCAAAAGCUUUGGAUGAUCUUUUAUAUACAGAUAGGAACUUUGUGAUUUGUGCUCCAACUGGCUCUGGAAAGACUGUAAUGUUUGAGCUAGCUAUUACCAGAUUACUCAUGGAAGUCCCACAGCCUUGGUUAAAUAUUAAAGUUGUUUAUAUGGCUCCAAUAAAAGCCCUAUGCAGUCAGCGUUUUGAUGACUGGAAAGAAAAAUUUGGACCUAUAGGACUGACCUGCAAGGAACUGACAGGAGAUACACUGAUGGAUGAUUUAUUUGAAAUACAUCAUGCUGACAUUAUUAUCACUACACCUGAAAAAUGGGAUAGCAUGACUAGAAGGUGGAGAGACAACUCUAUAGUCCAGCUUGUACGACUGUUUCUCAUUGAUGAGGUACACGUUAUAAAGGAUGAAAGCCGUGGCGCAACUUUGGAAGUUGUAGUCAGUCGGAUGAAAACUGUUCAGGCUUCUCUUUGGCGUCUGUUAGAGAGUCAUGACGCUGUUCCUCCCCUGAGAUUUGUAGCUGUUUCUGCAACAAUCCCAAAUACUCAAGAUUUUUGUGCCACAAGAAAAGGAGUACAGCAGGCUGCUUCUGUUCUUGCAAAAGAUGCUAAAUUUCUACUGAGUAUAGAACAGAAACAAAGAUUACAGAGGUUUGCAAAUUCUUUGAAAGACUCCAAACUGAGAGACCUUUUAACGUAUGGUGUGGCUUAUCAUCAUGCGGGUAUGGAGAUGUCGGACAGAAAAAUAAUUGAAGGAGCUUUUACUGUAGGAGACUUGCCAGUACUUUUUACUACUAGCACCCUAGCUAUGGGAGUCAAUCUACCUGCACACCUGGUAGUUAUAAAAUCCACAAUGCAUUAUGUUGGAGGAGUGUUUCAAGAGUACAGUGAAACCGAUAUUCUGCAAAUGAUUGGGAGAGCUGGAAGGCCUCAGUUUGACACUACAGCUACAGCAGUUAUUAUGACUCGUUGCAGUACCAGGGAGAGAUAUAUACAGAUGUUAAACGGUGCUGAUAUAAUAGAGAGCAGCUUGCACAGACACCUUGUUGAGCACUUAAAUGCAGAAAUAGUGCUACAUACUGUCACGGAUGUCAGUGUAGCUUUGGAAUGGAUACGAUCAACAUUCUUGUACAUUAGAGCCUUAAAAAAUCCAACUCAUUAUGGUUUUUCAUCUGGGUUAGAUAAAGUUGGAAUUGAAGCAAAAUUACAAGAACUGUGUCUGAAGAACUUAAAUGAUUUAUCAUCUUUUGAUUUGAUCAGGAUGGAUGAAGCAAGUAAUUUCAAACCAACAGAGACUGGAAGAUUAAUGGCAUGGUAUUAUAUUGCAUUUGAUACAGUGAAGCAGUUUUUCACAAUUAAGGGAACUGAGACUCUAAACGAAUUGAUUACUAUGAUCUCCAACUGCACAGAAUUUGUGGAUGUGAAGUUAAGAACAAAUGAAAAGAAAAUAUUGAACACUUUGAAUAAAGACAAAGACAAAAUAACUAUCAGGUUUCCAAUGGAGGGGAAGAUAAAAACAAGAGAAAUGAAAGUAAACUGUCUCAUUCAGGCUCAGCUGGGAUGUAUUCCUAUUCAAGACUUUACUUUGACACAAGAUACUGGCAGAAUAUUUAGAAAUGGCUUAAGAGUUACUAGAUGGUUAUCUGACUUUCUGGCAUCGUCUAAGAACAACUUUUCUGCUUUAUUAAACUCUUUGAUUUUAGCAAAGUGUUUCAGGUGCAGACUUUGGGAAAAUUCACUUCAUGUGUCUAAACAAUUGGAAAAAAUUGGUGUAUCACUGUCAAAUGCUAUGGUAAAUGCUGGGCUGACAUCAUUUAAAAAAAUUGAAGACAUAAAUGCAAGAGAACUUGAAUUGAUUUUAAACAGACAUCCUCCGUUUGGAAACCAGAUAAAAGAGUCUGUUUUGCACCUUCCAAAAUAUGAACUUGACAUUGAACAGCUUCCAAAGUACAGUGACACGUUGGCUGAAAUCUUAGUAACCGUCAAAUUAACAAAUUAUGAGCAGCUACAGACAAAGAGAACAGCGCCAGACUUUCACUAUGUUACAUUGGUCAUAGGAGAUGCUGACAACCAAGUCAUUUUUAAUCAGAAAAUUAUGGAUUCUGUGCUGCUGAAAACUGGAAAUUGGAUGAAGAAAAUUGAAGUGAAAAGAGCUCUUAGAUCAGAAGACAUUAGCAUAAAUUUAAUUAGUUCUGAUUAUGUUGGCCUUGAUAUACAGCAAGCAUAUACAGCCUUCUACUUAACACCAAAACCAGAGGGACAUAAGGUGGUUACAAAUCAAAAAUUGACAGCUGAAUCUACACGUGAUACAUGUUAUGGCUCACCCCAAAGUCUGCCAUCAGCAAAAGUAGAUACAGGAGGCAGAUCUAAACAAGAGAUUGCUUACAAGAAAUAUGGAAACAGAGAAUGCAACCACCGCUGUAAAAAUAAAGAUGUGUGUGGGCAUGACUGCUGUAAAACUGGCAUACCUCCAAAGUCACAGAUGAAUGGAGACACAAAGUUUUCUUUGUACCUAGCUGAUUUAAGGAGCAGGAACUCAGUUUCAUCUAUACCCCCAGUAAAACGGCUAAAGGUGCAGAUGUUAAAUCAACAUGUGGAAAAUGUGGAUCUCAAACAAUUUGUUUUUACACCUAAGUCUUUACUGCCAGCCUUGCCAAGGUCUAGCAAUAAACUGUCAUCUUCAUCACCUUCAGUGGACCAGGUAGAUAAUACCUUAGAAGUAUCUCAGAAACAACUGCAAUCCUGGAAUUGUGGAAAGAGUAAUUCUUUGAAUGUGGACUUUGAACUGAGAGAUGAUAUUUGGGAUGAUAUUGAUGAUGAGAAAUUGGUAUUUGCUAGUAAUUUUGUCAGUAGAGAAUUAGAUGAGUGUCAACCCCUCUGCCAGUAUACAACAAGCAAAGCCACAAAUAACAUUUCGAAAGAUUUAUGCACAGUACAAGAUGAGACCAAUAUUCAGAACUCAGAAGUUUCUGUGGUCAGUAGCACAUCAAGAGUGAAUUUAUCUGUACAGAACAGAAAUAUAACUUCGUUCAGUUUUCAAGAAAAAAAACAUUCAAGUCCUUCUCAAGAGCUAAAAAAUGUACAGUGUUCUGCCAUGUCAGAAAUAAUCUCAGACUCUUCUAAAUUCUCUAGGAAGGAAGAUUUUUUUAUUUUCACGAAAGAACAGGAAAAAGAAGUAGAUCCUAGAUGUCUUCUUGAUGAUGAAGUCAAUGAUGUCAAGCCCUUUCUUGGAAUAUUUGAUGGUAUUUUGUAAAACAUGUAAACAAAACACAUUGUAAGCGCUGGGGAAAAAACUUACAGUCAAUGUUACAGUGAAGGCUUCAGUUAAGAGAAUUUCAUUUCUGUUGUAGACCUGUUUAUCAGUAUCUGGAUUGCUGUGUAGAGUAUAUAAUAAUAAAACUGAUGUCUAGUUUAUAGAAUUUAUAGACUAUAAGAAAUAAUAUAUUGUUUUGAUAAGUACUUAAGUAUUUGUUUGUUGACCUUGCUGUUUUCAGGUUUAUAAAGAAAAAAUAUUGAAAUAUGUCAAAGGAGAAUAGUUCACGAACUGAAGGUGCUUUUAUAGAUAACAGAAAAUCCCAUAAGGGAAAGUAAGGGAUUUGUAGUAAUCUGUUUGUAGUAACAUGUCCUGCUUCUCAAGUAAUCUUUAAGUGAAUGAAAGACUCUUUCCUUGGAAAUUUCGUAAUGUUUUUUGGGUUUUGCUUUAAGUUUCUCUGAAGCUGAAUUUUUCAUAGUGCUGAUUCUGUGAAAUAAUUAGAUUUAAAAAUAGAAGUAAUAGAAUGAUAAAUUAUUCUAGAUUCUAGAUAUUCCUUUUGACAGUGCUAUGAAUGUGUUAAUAAAAAAGUGCAACUUAAGCAGAUAUGUUUCCAGAUUCUCAGCAAACCAGUUGUUAAAUGUCUGUAAAAAUAUUCUAAAACUCCAUUGGCUGUUCACUUUCAUACCCAAGGUCAUAAAAUGGACAUUCGUGUGUCCUAAUACAGAUUUAGGCACCAGGCAUUGGUUUUGGAUAUCUUCUUAUAGCUUUAGUAUUUGAACAGUAGACCUUGCAAGUUCAACAGUUAGUAGAAGAUAUGAUAUUGCCUAAAAUCCAAGAGACUGUUAAUUUUUACUGCUAAUUAUUCAAAAUGUGAGGAAUUAAAAUGUUACAAUCAUGUGUGGAACAUUAGCUGUCUGUUCUUGUAAUAUUGUUUGUGGUGCAACCAAAUGCAGCCAUGUUUUGCUGCACUACCAGGUUGUAAUUUUCUCAGCUAGUAACAUUUUACUUGACUGCAGUGUUUCCUUAUGCUUUUGACUUGAUAUAACUCUUUCUCUGCAUGAAAGAAUGGCCUAGCGUAAGCAGUCUCAAUACUCACCACUCAAUAUGUUUUGGACUAUGCAAAAGUCAGCAGGCCCAAGUUUAAACCUCACUUUUCUACACCUCAAGUAUUUUAUUACAUCUGGAAGCUGUAAUCCCUUUUUGUCUGAUUUUUUAAUUAAUUAAGCUUCCAAGCUGAUGUAACUCAGAAUUAAAUUACUACACUACUGCUACAUUUAGCCCAGCAGUCCUAGUCAUGUACACAUUACAGUUCUGUGUCAGGGUAAGAUGUAAGAAUGUGGAGUUUAUCUCCUGCCCAUCACCAUCUUCUGAUUUCCAUGGAAAACAGAUGCCUCCCAGGCAGAUACAGUAAUGUUUCUCAAAAGAUGCUUCGUAUAAAUGACAUGGGGACAAAAAUCCCAGGUCAUGCCCCAGAAGUGUUGACAUAGCUAUGGAGAGCUGUAAUUUCCAUUGUUUAAUUGAAUCGCAUUAAGUGAUAAACCUAGUUCACCUGGACACCCUGUCUAGUCACUAGAAAGAGGCAAACACUGUCAGAAAAUAUUUCAGAUUGUAAGUGGGCUGAAUUACUCUUUGGUGGAACUCCCCAAAUUACCUGUAAUGAGAGUGACAUGGAGAGGCUGGUGUGCUGUCAUUUCACAGGCAGGCUCACUGAAUUGCCUUUCUUGUGCACAUGAGAUGCCUGAAUUCCUUUAUCCAUCUAAGGAUCUAACUUUCCUAAGGUGAAUAAAACAGCAAAAGAUGGCUGUGCUUUGUUUCAGGUGCUGACCAAAUGCUAAAAGAGAAUAAUUAAAUUCAGCAGGAUAUCAUCAGAAUAUUUCACUAAGCUACUAACAAUGAGUAAAAUAUAGACUAAAGUAACUAAAAUCGUUGUUGGAGUCUAAACUGAUCCUUAUUUUUAAUUCUACAUAGAGUUGUAACAUUAAAUGAGUGGCUUGAGUUUCAAUCAAUGGGAUUGUGUAAGUAAUUCUUUGGGGAUACAGCAGGAUGCCACAGACUUUAGUCUGGGGAUGAUUCUACAAAAUUUACAUUAUAAAAAAUACUGUUUCCUAUAAUGGAGUAGUGAAAGAAAAUUCAAUGUGACAAGAAGUCAGAUUUUACUAUCUUACUUGUGUGAUUCUCCAUAAUAAAAUACAUGCUUAUACCUGCUUUUAAUUUAACUUCAACUUCCUUAUAUGCUUCCUUGUCCCAUCACACAUAUUGAUUUCAAAAUAUAAACUGAGGUCAACCAUAUCUGUGCCUGAAGAAAAUGCAAUAUGCACUCAAAACCCAUAAUCUUCAAAAAAUAGUGGGAAAAUAAGCGUAGUGUUUAAACAUGUUGCCAGACACAUUUGUGUAUAAGGUAAGUUUAUAGCAUACAGAAUACUGUAAAUGUAUUGUGACAUAAUUGUUAUUCUAGGGAGCAUGUUUUGUGCACAUUUUAAUUAUGUAGACUUUAUUAAUUUAUUGAAGAUUUUCAUGAGUUAAACAUUACAGUAAUUGUUAAAAUAAGAGCAGUUGCAACAAGUGAGACUCUGGUUAUUUGGGUUUAUUUUUACUUAGAUAUACCUUCACAGAAUAGUUAUGUGAGGUAUAAAAGUUGGUGCUCUUAAAGGCAGUCAGAAUAAUGAUAAAGAAUGAACAGAAGUCACCAUAUGAAACCAAUAUGCACAAAAUAGUUAAAAUCAGUCAUUUUGCAGAGCACAAAUGAUACCAAUCUAAUUCAUCAUUAUGACAGUACCAGUGGUACCUCUUCUGAAAGAAAGGGUGUCUUGCAUUAGCUCUUUAUAUCACCCCUUCUGCAUUUUAUGUAGAUGAGCAAAAGAGCUGGAUCACAUCAAUUGUUUUACUGCCAGAAUCUUUAAUUAUAUCUCUGAAAUGAGAUCCGUGAAUGCUUGGGGUUUUUUCCAAGCUCCUUUGCUUAACAGGGAAAUAGAAAAGAAGGGACUAAUCAGGGUAAAAUUCACUUCCUGCAGAGGGCUAAUAACACAUUGAAUUUUUGGAAGAUUUCCAUGAGAAUUAACUGAGACACAUAUGGUGUUUUCAGUGAUGAAGUUCAGCUUGACUGAAACAAUCAGAUAGAAAAAGGGCAGGUAUUUAUUGGCUGCUACUGUUCAGCUGAGAUAAGGGCCAACCUGGCUGAGCCAUGCUUCUGUGUUUGUUCUUGAAAUCUGUGUGACAUUAAAUUGUAUGAGUUUAAGCCUUCACUUUUCUGCCAGUGUUGUAACUCCUGGUCUCCAUGUGCUCUGGACGGGCGUUUGAGAUGGAAGGGGCUGGAGUAAGGACUGCACCUUUGUAAGCAAUAGGGGCCCUUGAGGCUCUUCUGUCGCCUGUCUGUCUCUAAGCAAUGCUGCUCUUCCCUCUGGUUGGGAAGUGACUGGAAAAGUUGUGCUGCUGUUAACUUACAGUCCUGCCCUGCCUGUCCUGCCCUUAGCAAGAGUCCCAGUCCAGACCAUUUAUAACAGUUAGGGAGAGUUGUUUCCCAGCUGGCUUUAGUAUGCUGCCUACCACACUGAAGCACUACGCUUUCGCUGCUCUGUGCGAAUGUGCUUUGAGCGAUGCCGAGUCUGUCCUCUUGUGCAUUUUAAACGGAUGAUUUCCAUGUGCCACGACGUGAGGGGUACAUCUAAUUGGUGGUGUGUGAAAGUGUUAAGAUGUUUUGCAGAAAUGCAAUAGAUGGUACUGGGUGGACAUACUUCAUGUAAAGAAGGUAUAUGUCCUUUCAAAUAUAAUAAAAGUGCCUAGAUAUAAUAACAAGUAAUUUCUUCCCAUAUUUAACAUAUACUGCGUGGAACUAGCAUGUCAAACGAACUGUCUUUUUGACUGAUGCUAGAUGGCAAUUUGUACAUUUUAGAGAGCUGAGCAUAGGGAAUAAGGCAAAACAUUUUGUUUUGAAGGCUUGAAGGGUAUUUUGUUUAUAUAAAGGAAACAAUGUUUCUUUUGUAACUGUGAAACUUUCUAUUAAAGGAUGCAUAUAACUUUCAAAAUAAAAAGACACUUGUAACUGUAAAUGGCUAUGAUACAUUUGCUGUUCCCCCACCCACUUAGAGGCAAAACCUAUUUAUGAGGCUUUAUUAAGUGCAAAUAAUUCCCAUGGCUUCAGCACAGAAGAAUCAGCUGCAGAAUAUAGUCUGAUUUGCAUAUAAAUGACAUGAUUUCUGCCUAGAAAAGUAUAUUGAAAAAUACAUAUUUCUACAUUGGAAACUUGAUAUUCACACAUAUUAAGGUCAGCUUGCGUAACUUGUUUUAAGCUGCUGCAUGCUGAUACCUGAUCACACUUCCAGCUAGAUUCAGGCUAGAUUCAGGCUUUAUCCUUUGAAAUUAUGGAUGUCUUUUUUUGAUCUAAUUAAGCUAUAAUGUAUAGAAAUAGAUUCCAAAACAUUUAUCUCAACAGUUUAAGCACUUAAAAGUGCUCAGAAUAUUCAUCAGUACAAGUGGAAAACUCCUAACUUGGCACUUUUCCUUAUCUUCAGUACUGCGAAUUUGUGAUGUGAGCAAAUUCCUAUUGUUUGGGUGAGACAGAAAAAGGCCUGCUAACUUGCUGUAGUCACUUUAAUAAAUGGUAGGAUAUAAUGAAAGUAGACAUAGAAAUAUUACUUUUUUUGUAUGCUUUAAUCUGUGUAGUAAGUAAUAUAGUGAACCUUGCCAUUGAACUCUGUAAAGUCAUAUUUUCACAGAUUCUUAUUAUAUCCUGCUUUGCCAAUACUUUUGAUGGUGUUUCUUUAAGCAGCCAAGCCACUUAUUUGGGACAAGUGUUCAUUUACUGACAGGCUCCUGCUGCUUCUUAGAUCCAUCCUAAAAUAAAAGAAAGAUGUUGGACAGACAGGCAUUAAAAGGUUUGGAAGAGACCUGACACACCUUGGUUUUCAAAUCCCUGCUGGCAAAGGUCUUAGUGAACUGAAUGCCAUUGUCAGAAGCAAUAGGUUCUCUGCUUAGAGAGAUUGAUUUGCCACAGUGAAUUGUCAUUAGUUUUGAAUGCCUCAUGGAGAGCUUGACACUGCCUAGUAAAGAAAAAGUGAAAGUAGUGCUAUCUAGAAACUUGGAUGUGUGAAUCAGAACCUCCUUUUUAGCAAUUUCUUUCAGUUUAUAAAGACUAUUAAUUCAUCUGAAUGAUAAUGAGGCAGUACAGUUUCUUACUAGAAUUCUUUUCCUGGUUGUGAUGUAAUAUUUUAGCUGUUGUAGUCCAGACUUGUUAGGUUCCUGGGUGUAGGAAAUACUCUUCUUUUAUCCCAGAGCUCCAUCCUUGCGUCUUAUGUGUUAUGCCUAGAAAAGGUUUUCUGUCUAGUUGGGAGUUUCUACUCAAAGAAUAGUCAUCCAGCAGCUGUAUCAUUUAUAAUUUUCAGUAUCUUCUCAAUGAUAAAGAUUUUAAGCUCUGAGGUCAGUUUGGUUUCUAAAAAUUGUACUAACAGAUGUAAAAGGUGCACUGACCAAAGCAUCAGCACAUUAUCAAAUAAUUUUAUUUCCAAAGUAUGGCAGCAGAAGUGCUAAAUAAAGUGUUGGCCAUGAAAUAGAUCUGCUUAUCUUGUGAUAUAUCCCAGAGAUGCAUUUCAGAGACUGGAGGAAAAUAACCUGUGUUAGGAAGAUAAGAGGUACAAGUGGAUCUCUCUCCCUCCCUGUCUCCUGGGUGUGAUUAUCUCAGACAACCGUAUUAGCAGAAGCUUAGACGCAUUCUUAGCUUCUGGAAUGGAUUUGCUGAAGUGACAGUGCAUACUGAGGAUAAUUGUAAAAAGAUGGGCUGUGUAUUCUGGAGGAAAAUAAAGUUGGCAGCUUGCAGUGGUGGAGCACAGCUUCCGAUAAGCAUGUGGUUCAAUAGAAAUUAGUCUCUGUCCAUAGACUUUAUAGCAGCUGAUCAGACCUGCUCUUUCAGUUCAAGCAGUUAAUAAUAUCUCAGCACUGUAGCUUAAGGGAUCCAAUUUUCAAAAUUAUUGUAGUGUGGGACCGAUAAAUUUCAGCACAAAGAAGGCAUUAUUCCAUAUAAUUUAUUUUAGAUUUCCAUCUAGGGUAUGUUCUGACACUCCACAUGAAAGUCAAAUUGUCCAUGUAAAAUGGUUUUCAGGUGAUAAGUUGACCCCUGGGGUUUUAGUAAAAUAAUAGAUGCAGAAUUCCAUCUGACUCUCCAAUCUAGAAAAACUAGUUAUCAGCUGUUUGAAGGAUUUGAUAAGAAAGGGAAAAAAAGAGAGAGCUUUUGUAUAGUGACAUUUUUCUCAUUAAUGGGGACAGUGUAAGAAUCACAAACUCCUUCUGGAUUUGGUAGUAAAUACUCUGCUGACGUGUUCCGGGAGGUAGCUGUUCUGUGUGAGGAGUGUAUGUGUCUAAUCCUCCACAUGCAUAUGGAACAAGGAAUAUUUCUAAUAGACAUGUACAGCCCUUCAAAAGAAGGACGUUUACUGUGCCAUCAUCUGGCCAUCAUUUCUAAAUGCAUUCCACCACCAGAGCCUACCUUGGCAGAAGUUUUGUGGCAGAAUGACUGUCUUACAGUGCCUAGAGAAAUAGUAGAAGAAUAACAAAUAUUUUUUCUGCCAGCAUUCUUCAAUAUUUAGUGCAAAACAAAUGGUAACCUGACAUGAGGUAUUAUUUUAAGUUCUUGUCUGAACGCUCUUAUAGGACCUGCUGUGAUUUUUUUCUAGCUUUGUUAUUUUAUUUAAUUGUAUUUAAAGAUAGUUCCUACUGUAACUUGUGACUUUACUGUCAGUUUAAGCAGAUCCAAAGUUGGGUAGAGGCUUUGUUGCAUUUUGUUUUAGUAGAUGGGUGUAUCUGCCUGUUCAUGCAGUACUAGGGAGUAACUGGGGAAAGGUGACAGUAAGAUAGGACCAGUCAUUGUGACAGUAGAAGCAACUUGCUUAAUAAAAUGCUAAAAGCAUGUUUAUGAUUAGUGUAUUUGAGUGCCUCUUUGAAUUUUGGGCAAAGAAAAUAUGUCCUGCAUUUAAAAAAGAACUGUGGUCAAGAAAAUGUGACUUUUCUACAGCCUAUGUAAACAAAAAGUAUUUUCUCAAAGAAAGACCCAAGUCUCUCCUCAGUUGUUCCUGAUGUUCCUGUACUUUCCCUGCUUGUGUGGGUGGUGAACAUUGAGCUCACUGCAGAAGUACUGUGAAUUAUAAUCUGUUGCUGCAACUUUUGCCAGUGUGAAGAAAGCUACAAGGAGGGCAUCUGUUUGCCUCCUGUGUUCUGGAAGGGGCAGACAUCUCCUCCUCUGAGAGGAAUAGAGCAGUGCUCAGGGAUGAAGACACCUGAUGCUACCAAGUUGGGUAGAGAAAGGAAAUGCAGUGAUCUGAGAUCUUGUAGGCAGUGUUGUGAAGGAGCUGGGAUUUUGCUCGUAGGACAAAGCAAAGCUCUAGAAGUGGCAGGAGAAAGGAAAGUUUCCUAGAGCAGGCUGAGUGGUGUCUGUGGCACUCUGUGAACCAUUUCAGAAAUGUUCAGAUUGGAAGGAAGACUGGGAAGAAAGAUUUACCCUGCAGUGACACAGUGGGAACAUUACUUUUCAAGCUUUUUAUUUAAUCUAGCUCUCCAACAGAUCAGACUCGUUGUGAUUUAAAGAACAAUUCUAUCCUCUCAUUCCAAUAAAACCUUCCUUUAUAAACCUGGA